AUGUGCUCGAUCACCACCAUUUUAUCACUUCCGGGCCAAUUUGCGGGCGCAAGGAAUGCUAUUGACCUCCUGCUCAAAGACCGACAAAACGCGGUCACUUACAACACGGUCCACUCUGCGGUCAAGAACGACCUGGAGGUCGCAGAUCACAAAUUGAAGCUGUGGUGCCGCGACUGGCAUUUUCAACAGGGCGUUUCCACGACAUUGGCUGCUUCAUACUGGGGUGACCUUGCUCCUGCUUUCAUGAAUGAUCGAAUCAAUGUGAUUGCAAGCCAACUCAGUGAGUUCCGGAUCCUUCUGGAAAUGUAUCGUCCGAGCAGGUCAAAGAUACGCAGGGUUUUAAGGGCAGGGCUUCUGAAGGAUGUCAAGGUCCAAUUGGACACAACUGUGAAGAGCCUGGAGAGUCUCGAGGCGGAUUCAUGGAAAUGGCUCUGCCAGAAAUACAAAGUUGCGGAGAGCGAUAAGUGGCGGGCUCACCUUGCUGCUCGACAUGAAUCAUAUCUUCUCUGUCUCGCCGGAGAGUAUCGACAGGUUGCAGGCCAACUUGACCACCUUGGCGAACAUUACCGACAACCCGGAAUUUCGUUUCCAUAUGAACCGGAUCUGGGACUUGACCUUGCCCCUGGUCUUGAAAUAUGGCAAUGUCUAUCGAAACUGGAGGAAAUUUCGAGAGAGAAUCGGAUCAUCCACUUCGUAUACUUUCGACCGCGAGCAACACCAGGUCUACAGCCUAUCAACGUGGCAGCACAAACAAGGCAACCCGCAGACUCCCCCCCAGUAGGGUCGAUGAGCCAUAUGUUCCUUGAAGUCGAGCUCAUGAAAGGUUUUGACCACGGCCAGGAGGAGGACACCACUAUCCAAGGUACUCUUGACAGGUUGCGUUCACAACCAAGCAACGGACCAGCAUCCUCAUGGUUCUUCCACGACACAGACCCGUCGAGAACAUCCAACUUGUUCCGUUUCAAUCUACAUCAUCACGGUGAGGCUGCGGCCAAGAUCGGUACGACAGACAUAGCUCUCUCUGAGCUCUUCAUCCCGACGUACGCCAAGAUCGAGCUAGCAGUGAAGGCCGCAGAGAUGGCAUUCCUCUUCGGUGAGUCUGGCCUCAUGGAUGGCCUGUGCGUUUGCAACAUCCGCGAGAUUCCUCUCAAGAACGGCACCACCACUUUUGUUUUCGAAGUUGCCGGUGGGUCCUGUCGCAGAGCCUGCCGUGUGCUCAUUCAGCAGCGCAACUACGGAAGCUUGGGAGUGUGUCUGGCACAUCUGUGUCUCGGAGACGAUUGGGAGGUGCUGGCGAAAUUGCCCAUACGCGGUGAGGCACAAUAUUUGAAUGAGAUCAACAAAUUGAGGGUCAAGCUCGAAAAGAUCGACUGGGUGGAGCCGGCGAUAGUGGAAGCGAUCAUAUCAGCAAUGACACCUCUAUCACCCGAGGUGCAAGACGGAGUCUACUACGAUUUGGCUGCUCUUUCUUUUCGGGAAGAUGAGAUUGAAAUCUUGAACGGGCUCGUGCAAGCGUGUGGCAUGAUGUUGCCGUCGCUGUUUGAAGCCUCGGCACAAGCGGAGUGGAAAACGACCGGGCCCAUUUCGCUGUCCACAACGACGGUCAAAGCCAGUGAAUGGCUCAUCACGAUUCCGAGGUUCCCUGAAAAUGUUACAGCAGGUGGCGUGUUCAUGCUUGGAAACCUCGUGGCGUGA